AUGCUGACCAGCUUUGUGGAUGGAAUAUUCUGUUGCUUCACAGGAAAGUCGACUAAUGUGGUGGUCCCUAUCGAAUCCUCUGAGCCCACCGAUGGUUUUGAAAUUGUGGAGGUGAAACCAGGAAGAAUUCUGAGAGUUCGGCAUAUUAUCCCAGACAGACCAGUUGUCGAAGAACCCGGGACUGGGGAAGGGGGUUCAGUGAGCUGCAAGCAUAAAAUCUCAGUGUAUCGAAACGGACAACUUCUGAUCAAGAACGUCAACGAAGCUACUCAUCCAGAGUGGGUCCGUUAUCAAAACGGAGACAGCACUGUGGACACAGACACUACCGAAAACGAUGCUCCGGCAACGGUCCAGAACACAGAGCCCACACCGGGGUCAGCUACAGGACAGCCUCCAGAUAUCAAACCGGCGCCCCAGCAGGAACAGCAACCACCACAGCGCAGACGCCGCAAACCUAAACGCUCCAUUGUGAUCGACUGUGAGCGGAAGAUCUCGUGCUGUAAAGGUACUCAUCCUGACGUGGCCUUGUUUUUCAUACACGGGGUCGGGGGAUCGCUGGAUAUCUGGGGAAGUCAGUUGGACUAUUUCUCCCAACUUGGCUAUGAGGUCAUCGCCCCAGACUUGGUUGGUCACGGUGCGAGUUCAGCUCCACAGAUUCCCGCUGCUUACACGUUUUACGCGCUGGCUGAGGAUGUGAGGAUCCUUUUCAAAAGAUACGCCAAGCGGAGGAAUAUUUUAGUAGGACACUCCUAUGGAGUCUCAUUUUGCACUUUCCUGGCUCAUGAGUACCCGGAGCAGGUUCACAAGGUCGUGAUGAUGAACGGUGGUGGUCCUACAGCGCUCGAGCCGGGUCUCUGCUCCGUCUUCAACUUACCCACAUGUGUCCUUAACUUAUUGUCUCCGUGCCUCACCUGGAGCUUCCUCAUGGCUGGGUUUGCCCAUCAGGGAGCAAGAGAAAAGAAGUUACUAAAAGAGAAGAAUGCCUUCAAUGUCUCUUACUUCGUUCUGCGGUCCAUGAUGAGCGGACAGUACUGGCCUGAGGGUGAUGAGGUUUAUCACGCUGAACUCACAGUGCCUGUCCUGCUUGUCCACGGCAUGUACGACAAGUUUGUACCGGUACAAGAAGACCAACGUAUGGCAGAGAUCCUCUUGCUGGGGUUCCUGAAGGUCAUUGAUGAUGGAAGUCACAUGGUCAUGAUGGAGUGUCCUGACACGGUGAAUACACUUUUACAUGAGUUCUUCCUGUGGCAGCCAGCAACCAUCUCAAAACCCAAACAGGAGGUGGCCGCCACAAAGACCAUCACCAAACCUCAAGAGGAUGCACCGAGACCAAAAACCGCCCCUAAGUCACCCUCUAAAUCUCAACCAGACUUGAUAAGGCCAACAACUUCCCCAAAGUCCAGCGGUACUGUGAGAGAGACCUCAGCAGACAGCAAAUCUAAGUGCAAGAAUGAACUAAUCCACCAAUACAAACUAUACUCAUUUAAAAGUUAAAAUGUAUUGAAAUGUUGCUCUUCUGAGAUUGCAAUGAAAAGACUCAAGGUACAGCUGAGAGAGACGUUUUAUUACCAGUGUUGGGUUUUUUCUCCAUGAAAUGCAAUAAAGGGAUAAAACAAUUAUGGCCAGGUUUCACAGACAGGGCUUAAACCAGGACUCUGCCUUACUUAAAUCAGGAUAUUUAAGUCGUUUUUAUAAAAAUGCAUUAGAAAUAAACAUUACUGGUGUGCAUCUUGAGACAAAGCAAUGGCACUGAUAUAUUUUAAGAUAUGUCAGGGCAAGUUAUUUUCAGUUAAGACAGCUCUAACAUUCAUUUUAGUCUGGGACUAGCCUUAUAAGCUUUGUCUGUGAAACUGGGCGUAAAAGACAUCAGAUACUGUCAAUCUUCAUGUUGACAAAUUUAUGUUUAUACAUUAUUUCAAUAUUUUGUAAUAUUACAUGCAAGCGCAUAGCUGCUACUCUUUUGUAAAAAUCUUGUUAAUUUUUAUUUAGCUAAACUCUGUGGUAUUUUUUGUUAAACAUUCCUUUAAUUUGUAUCAACUAAUAUCCAUUCAGUUAUUCAGAUGUGGUAA